AUGCCCUACCUCCCACCACCAGAUCCCGCUUCCUUCGCGCCCCUCGCCUCGGCCCUCGCUCUCCCAAAUGCCGCCGCGCUCGAGGCCGAAUUCGCGCGCCACCUCACCACGGCCAACCACAACAUCGAGAUCCACGGCCCGUACGCCUUCGCGCUGCCCGUCUUCUCGCGCGUGGCCGGCCACCCCCGUGAGCGCCGCGACCUGCGGGACAUCGAGGCCGUGUCGCUGCAGGCGGCGGACCAGGCGGUCGAGUACCGCAAGAUGAGCACCGUGUCGGGGUCUGGCAGCGGGGAGCUCGACGCCUUCGAGGCGCUCCACCACGUCGUGCGCGUGCUGCUGUGGCCGCUGCUGCGCAGCCGCGAGGCCGCGGGCCUGGACGGGGAGAGCUGGGGGUGGGCGGUUUGGGGGGUUAGUGGCGGGUACUUUGGGCCGAAUCAGGAGUGGGUCGCCAAGCGGCGUGCCAGGCUGAAGGAGAUGCUGGAGAGCCCCACGCGGGUGUCGGGGAGCUUCCAUGUGCUGGGGACGGUUCUGGUGGAGAGGAUGAUCCAGCAUCAGGACAGCGUGCGAACCUGGCACCUAGUCUCUGUGCUUUGCUCACUGCUGGCAUCGCUGGGGAGGGAGGUGGUGGUGGGAGAGGUGGAUUGGGCGGCUGCGGCGGCGGAGAUGAGAUUGCCGGGGUGCGAGGAAGAGGAUGAGGAAGAGGAGCUGGAGAUGAGGGGAAGGAAGCAGGAGCGUGGGGAGGAAAGGGGUGGCCCUUGGGCGCCCCUGGAGGCGUAUAUGUUCGGCUGAAAGUAGUGCAGAUUUGGAGGGUAAUAGGGGGUGUGUUGGACGAGGCGGCAUGAAUCGGGCUGGUGUUUAGAGAUUUUUGGCCUUGGAGUGGUGCUGUCUGGAGUGGCUUGGUGGAGCUUCUGGGUACGGAAAGCUCUGGGGGAGUAUGUGCCGAUUUGCGGUGCUUAGUUGGAUACAACCACUAGCUAGGUGAACUGGGGGGUUUUUUUUGGCCGUGCUGAGUGCACGAGCGGAAUUGAAUCGAGUUCUCUUACGUAUUGCAGGUCCAUAUGUCUAUUUGAAGGUCUCCGAAGCAUUUGAUGUCUCCUAGAGGCCCGAUAUCAGCUUUCGAGGAAUUGCGACUAUUUCCACG